GGCUUUCUGGAAAAAACCUUAAAUGUUUACGUUUAGGCUGUGAUUGUUUCACUUUUUUGUUGGCCAAUAAACCGACUCCCCAUCAGAGAAGAAAACAGUUCUGUGGCCCUCACAAGAAAAAGUUUUCUCUGCAACCGAUCCUCAACACAGUUUGUUGGCAAACCUUCCUCCCCCACACAACAGAACAAUCCCACCAACAACCCCCACCCCUCCCCUUCUAAUUCCUCAGGUAAUGACCACAUUUACACAUACAAUGAUGCAAAUGUUAGCCAGGAGAGUAGCCAGUUAGCUUCCCCUUGGUUCAAGGAGGUCAAAAAAAGCCUGGGACUUCUAGUGUUAAAUAACUGAUGGUUCUGCUAGGCUAUGAUUCAACUAAGAGUAAGAUUAAAAUGUAAUUGGUUUGUGGGGUGAAAUAGGCAGACAUGUCAGUUAUUUGUAUAACUGCUCAUUACUUUUUUGAAUUAUACAGUCUUCAUCCUUAUUGGACAGAAGUUAUGAUGAUGUAACAUUGGUUGGUGAGUAGGCUGAUAAGAGUCUUCUCAGAAGCCCAAAACGCAGACGACGCCCAUAAACUCAGCAUCUCUGGUUGGAGGUCUUUAGUUGAAUGUUUUCCUUCUCUGCAUUUUCUCUGCUUUGUUUAUGACAUGCUUUACAGGGUUUUACAAGAGACUUGAAACAUGGAAACUGAAGCUGCUGUCAACUUCACACAAACUGUGACUGACCUACAUCCAUGCUAUGAGAUUGAUCACUUCAGCUACAAACUAACCUCAAGUCCUUCAGUCAUUUGUGUGAUUUUAUAUUUCUUUCUUGCUCUGUUGUCUGUCAUCACCGUUUGUGGGAACCUCCUUGUGAUCAUUUCAGUUGCGUACUUCAAGCAGCUGCACACUCCCACUCACUCCCUCAUCCUGUCUCUGGCUGUGGCUGACCUGCUGGUUGGGAUCAUAGUUUUCCCUCUCAGCAUGGCGUUCUCUCUCAGCUCCUGUUUGUUUUAUGAGGGUUUGUUUUGUAAGGUGCGGGACAGUUUCGACAUCACCCUCAGCACCUGCUCCAUCAUGAAUCUGUGCUGCAUUUCCGUUGACAGAUAUUUUGCUGUGUGUCAGCCGCUGAUGUACAAAACUAAAAUCAACCAACGUGUUGUUGUUGUCAUGAUCAUGGUGAGCUGGGGGGUUUCUGCACUCAUUGGGAUUGGAGUGAUAUUUGCUGGGUUGAAUAAUGAUCAGUGUGAGGGUUCCUGCUUUAUUGAUGUUCUUAUGGCUAACACCAUUGGGCCGGUUUUAUCCUUUUACUUCCCAGUGAUCAUUAUACUAUGUAUCUAUCUGAAGAUUUUCCUUGUUGCUCAGCGACAGGCGAGAAGCAUCCAGAUCACAGCAAAGUGUGUAGAAGCUGUUAGCAAGAUGGAGAGAAAAUCCACCAAAACUCUGGCUACUGUCCUGGGAGCUUUUCUCUGCUGCUGGACUCCUUUCUUUCUGUGCAUCACGUUUCUGCCUUUUAUCAACAGUCCAGUCCCUGUUCCUGUGAUUGAAACACUUAACUGGCUUACUUUGUCAAAUUCAAUGCUCAAUCCAUUCAUUUAUGCAUUCUUUUACCAGUAUUUCAGGUCGGCCUUUAAAAUCAUUGUCUCUGGUCAAAUAUUUCAAGGAAAUUUUGCUAAUUCUAAACUGAACGGACUUGUUUGAUUUGAUAUUUUGCUGCAGGAAUAUGGAAAUUGUUACUACUUUUUCUUUGUUCACAAAGCUAAAAGUUGAGGCCAGCUAACUGGUUUGUCCUUAUUUUUGCAAUGCUGUGAAGUCAUCACAAACUUGAUUGGUUUUCUGUUAUUUUAAAAAUGUCUGAGUCAGUCACUGCACCUCUGCUCAAAUAUUUAUGAUUUCUAAUAUCAAAAAUAUUUAGCUCUUCUCAGGUUUUGUU